AUGAACACCCAUUUGUACAACACUUUUACUCCGGGCACACGUGAUAAAUCUCUAUCAAGUUUUGAUGGAAAAGUAAAAUCUCAUCCACAAAAGAAAUUGACUUCUGGCCAGCAUUGUUGUGGGAAAGGUCGUAAUAAUAGUGGAAUUAUUACCAUACGACAUAGAGGAGGAGGUCACAAGUGUCUGUAUCGUCAAAUUGAUUUUCGACGGAGUGAGAAAAACAACAUAUUGGGAAAAAUUGUAACAAUAGAAAGUGAUCCUAAUAGAAGUGCAUAUAUUUGUCUUGUGCACUACAAAGAUGGUCAAAAGACAUAUAUUUUGCAUCCGAGGGGGAUUAUGAUUGGAGAUACUAUUCUGUUCGGUCCAAGAGCUCCCAUAUCAAUGGGAAAUGCCCUACCUUUGAGUGAUAUACCUUUAGGCAUGACUAUACAUAAUGUCGAAGUACAAGUCAGAAAAGGCAGACAAUUAGCUAGAGUAGCAGGUGCUGUGGCAGAAUUGAUCGCAAAAGAAGGUCGAUUGACCACAUUAAGAUUACCAUCUGGGGAGGUUCGUUUAAUAUCUGAGAACUGCUUAGCAACAAUUGGACAAGUAGGCAACGUUAAAUGGAAAAAUAGAACUUUAAGUAAAGCUGGGUCAAAACGUUGGCUGGGUAAACGUCCUGAAGUAAGAGGAGUAGUUAUGAAUGCUAUGGAUCAUCCUCAUGGGGGUGGUGAAGGAAGAGCUCCAAUUGAUAGAAAAAAACCCCUGACCCCUUGGGGCUAUAGCGCACUUGGAAAAAAGAGUCGGAAAAGAAAUAAAUAUAGUGAUGUUUCAAUCCUUCGUCGACGUAAGUAAGAAUAGUUGUA